AUGAAUAUAGAGUAACAAUGUUCUUAUGAGGAACAACGAAUGCUGAGUUAAUAUUAAUAAUGCGCUAGCACUGGUCGUUAUGGAUCGAUUGAUGGCAUUAAGGAACACUAUAUUUUAUUGAUAAAAGCAGCUUAGUUAAAAAUUAGGUACUUCCUCAUAGCAAGUUCGAUUUUGCUGCUUUUAACCACUGUAACUAGCUUGAGUUGUUUGAUUGAUCCAGAAAUGUUGGGCAUCGAAUUAAGUAAAUGGUUUUCGCAUUUGCUCACUUUGAUAUUGUAUAUGGCAAUUUAUUUGGAUUUAAAAAAUGCGAACUCAGAAAUUCUGAAUGUCCCAAAAGAAAAUUUGAAACUGUUGUGUAUUACAUAUGAAAAGAGUGUUUAUGAGUUCCUAGAGGAGUUCAAAUUUCAGGAGAAAUUCGAUUUGAUUAAUGUUUUGAUGUACAGUUCCUUCAUUUGGAGUUUUUGGUUCAGCCAAUUCGUAUUUAUCUUACACUCAAACAGCAAGAUAUUUCCAUUGCUAAUGAUAUCCUAUGUGUUGCACAUGGUUCUAUACUUGUUGGCUUGGAUAUAUUCUUGCUUCCGACAAAGUCCAGGGAAUUGUGAAUGCUCAAUCCUGAAGACUAAAGUUGGAUAUCAGUAUAUUAACCUACCAAUCUUAGGGUUGAUUGACACUAAAAGGAAUACGUUGAAAAUGACAAUCAUUUUACUGAUGUAUUAUAAAAUAAAAUUAGCAGUCAUUGCCAGUUUUAUUGACUCAGUUGAGAGCGAAACAACAAUAGUGAUCUACCUGUACAUAAUAUAUUGUGUAGCCAUGAUCAUCAAACAAUUCUAUCACUUGAUUCUCCUCAGAAUGAUAAGGAAAGUGAAUUAUCGUCACUUAAGUUGCUUUUAAAAUGCCUACAUGUUGUAUUACAAACUGUUUUUUUAUGAAUCCUGUGUGAAUACCACCUUGAAGGGGAUGGUUUACUUAUCGUCAUUUGCCUGUGUAAUAGUUUGUUUGACGUUCAAUCUCAAAAACUACUUCAAAUACAUAGAGGAAUCCAUUUUCAAAAUUGAAAUUUACCUGGUUAAUGAUACCAUCUCUUUUGUUAUUUCACUGGUGAUUUACGUUUAUUAUGCCAUCAAAAAGUAUUCAAAUAGAGUUCAAUUGAAUCAUCUAGAAUCAUACGAAUCCAUGUUUGAUUUGAGGUUUUACGACUUAAAUGAAAUAGUCCAAAACCCCUAUUAUAAUGCACUCAGUAGAUACUUGUAAACAGAACUACAGUAAUUAGAAGAGAGGAACCAUCGAGAAAUAAUUCGGAAAUUGUAAUUGUCCCCUGAUAAAUCGAUCAAUUUGGAAGAGAAUGGGGACUGCGUUAUUUGCAGAGAAAGAUUGCUCUUAGAUCAACAGCUGGUGGGAUUGCCAUGCCAUCCUACUCACAUUUUCCAUAAGGAAUGUCUCAUCAAUUGGGUAUUGUUACAUACAACCUGUCCAACCUGCAGAACUUAAAUUUAAUGA